CCAAGACGUCGACCAUGGCAUUACGACCGACCUCCUUCUGCGUCACAGGUUGUUCUUGGGCUGUUCUCCUCCUCUCUUGCAAAUGGGCCGACAUUCGUGCAUCUCAGAACGCUUGUGUCGUCUCCAAGUGCACAAGAGGUCAGCCGUGUGAGGACACAGCUUUCUCCAUGUCUGUCAACGCUGUCGCACGCAGUAGAUUCCAGAGAGGGUGUUGUAUGGUCCUAUCGAUCAUCUGUUGCGGUCUUGUUCUGCGUGAGGCCCUCGCCCUCGUCAGUACGGGACGAAUAGG